UUUUUUUUUUUUUUUUCCGCCGAAGCUGAGCGGGUGCUGCUAGCGGAGGCGCCAUAUUGGAAGGGACAAAACUCCGGCGACAGCGAGUGACACAAAUAAACCCCUGGACCCCCUCGUUCCCCCAGCUCUAAGGGCCGCGAUGUUGUACCUAGAGGACUAUCUGGAAAUGAUUGAGCAGCUUCCAAUGGAUCUGCGGGACCGCUUCACGGAGAUGCGCGAGAUGGACCUGCAGGUGCAGAAUGCAAUGGAUCAACUAGAACAAAGAGUCAGUGAAUUCUUUAUGAAUGCAAAGAAAAAUAAACCGGAGUGGAGAGAAGAACAAAUGGCAUCCAUCAAAAAAGAUUACUAUAAAGCUUUGGAAGAUGCAGAUGAGAAGGUACAAUUGGCAAAUCAGAUAUAUGACUUGGUAGAUCGACACUUGAGAAAGCUGGAUCAGGAACUGGCUAAGUUUAAAAUGGAGCUGGAAGCUGAUAAUGCUGGAAUUACAGAAAUAUUAGAGAGGCGGUCUUUGGAAUUAGAUACUCCUUCACAGCCAGUGAACAAUCAUCAUGCUCAUUCACAUACUCCAGUGGAAAAAAGGAAAUAUAAUCCGACUUCUCACCAUACAACAACAGAUCAUAUUCCUGAAAAGAAGUUUAAAUCUGAAGCUCUUCUAUCUACGCUUACAUCAGAUGCCUCUAAGGAAAAUACACUAGGAUGUCGAAAUAAUAAUUCUACAGCCUCUUCCAACAAUGCUUACAGUGUGAAUUCCUCCCAACCUCUGGCAUCCUACAAUAUCGGCUCGUUAUCUUCAGGAACUGGUGCAGGGGCCAUUACCAUGGCCGCCGCUCAAGCAGUUCAAGCCACAGCUCAGAUGAAAGAGGGACGAAGAACAUCAAGUCUGAAAGCCAGUUAUGAAGCGUUUAAGAAUAAUGACUUUCAGCUGGGAAAAGAAUUUUCAAUGCCCAGAGAAGCGGCUGGCUAUUCAUCAUCUUCAGCACUCAUGACUACAUUAACACAGAACGCCAGUUCAUCAGCAGCCGACUCACGUAGUGGGAGAAAGAGCAAAAACAACAACAAAUCUUCAAGUCAGCAGUCAUCAUCUUCCUCCUCCUCCUCUUCCUUGUCAUCAUGUUCUUCUUCAUCAACCGUCGUACAAGAAAUCUCUCAACAAACAACAGUAGUACCAGAGUCUGAUUCAAACAGUCAGGUCGAUUGGACUUAUGACCCAAAUGAACCACGAUACUGCAUUUGCAAUCAGGUAUCCUAUGGCGAGAUGGUGGGCUGUGAUAACCAAGAUUGCCCAAUCGAAUGGUUCCAUUAUGGAUGUGUUGGGUUGACAGAAGCACCAAAAGGAAAAUGGUACUGUCCACAGUGCACUGCUGCAAUGAAGAGAAGAGGCAGUCGGCACAAAUAAAGGUGGUCGUUUCAUUUGAGGAAGAAAAAACUUCAACUAAACAUUUUAUAUAGGACUUGAAAAAAGAAGAAAAGAGAAAGAAGACACAAUGCAUUUCCAGGCAACCACUUCAAGGAUUUACAUAGACAAUCCUGUAAGAUCUUGAACUUGAAUUUUAUGGGUUGUAUUUUAAUAAUGUAAGUAAAUUAUUUAUGCACUCCUGGUGUGCUAUGAAUAUUAUUCCAGUUAGCCUUGGAUUAUUUCAGUGGCCAACAUAUGCAGACAUUUGUACUCCUCAACCAUUUUCUCAAAGUAAUGGGCAUUCUAUAAUUUAGACUUCAGAGAAUUCCAACGAUGAAGAUUUUAAGAAAAGUAUUUUAUAUUCAACAGGUAUGUUCUGCUGCAUGUACUGUACUCCAGAGCUGUUAUGUAACACUGUAUAUAAAUGGUUGCAAAA